AUGUUUCCCCAGCCGUCCCCGUCCAUCUACCAGUCGUCCGCGUGCUUCGUCACGUACGGCACAAUGGGCCAUGUUGACCGUAAACAACUGCCACAAAGGGGCAACCCGUGGACGGCGAUUGCUGCCCAAGAUUUCAUCCACAAGGUCGAUUUGAUUGCUCCUCAAGAGUUUUUCUCUGUUCUAUACGAGAAGCUCGUCGAGCAGCGUCAACAACCAGUGUACGCCCGCGUUACCAUGACGCUGGGCCAGCUUCUGGAGGCCAACUUUCUCACCGAGUGCAUCAAGGAAGGAGACGCCUUGAUGCUUUCGGAGGGUAGGACAACAACGGAUAACGUGUUUGCGCUGCACAAAGGUGUGCUGAAAAUGUAUCUCGACAAGGAGACAUACGAGCGUGCCGGGCUUACAGGAAAGCCUCACGGCCCCAAAGGCAACCGAGGACUCAAACCCAGUUGGGUUGUCUCAUACGACCUCAUGAGCCCGGCAAUGAUGAUCGGCAAGAAGGGAUUCGACAGGCUAGUAUAUGCCUGCCAAAGCGUCCUUAACACGCCGCUGACAUGGCUCUACUGCAACGCUGACCCAUCAACAUCUGGUCUCGACCCACUGGAGAGAUACAAGCCCACAUAUCACACUGUAGCGCCGGCCGUCGUGCAGAAACGACAAGUCCCCCAGGUCGAGCUCGGUGUACCGGCUUCGAUCCUGGCCGAGGAGGAUCGUUCAGGCCUAGAGGAAACGGCAACCGAAUUGUACGAGUGGCUGUCGCUUCAUCGCCUGCAAAGUCCACGGGCCACUCUCGGCGACGCCGUGGACCCGUUUCUCUCACGAUAUAGCAUACCGUGCAGCAAGGGCGGUCAAGCUCAGAUCUGUCUGCUCAAUUGGCAUGGGUUCCUCGGCGCGAGUUGGCUUCGCGAUCUCAUCACGGAUGCCCUUGAGACAUGCCCGCCGCACCUCUGGGUUUCAAUUAGCGCCACUGGUUUCCCGCGUAGUGUUCCCGGGAACGCCAACGACCUCACGCUGUUGCGUGCAUCUGGAACGGCCAACGAAUAUCUCAUGUGGGAGGCAAAGGGGUCCGACUGA